AUGUCUUUAUGCGAUAUUAUUCUAUCGGCCCUAGUCUCGCCCCAUCACAAGACGAGAGACUUGUCGAGUCCAUGGAUGAGUCCAACCUUGUACCAAAGAAUACAUCAGAACUAUCACUGUCGCCGCGAGGCGUCUCCUCUAACCCAAACUCCAAUGUCGUCCCAAGUCCCGCCCCAAAAUCCUAAUCAUCAGCCUCCUGUUGCAGAGAGUAGCAUACUCUCUAAUGACUGCUCAUCGCCACUAUCUCAUCGCUGCGACCUGGCGAAGGGUCUCAUGGCUGGUCUUACGUUAGCUUCCAUUUCGCUCUCGAUCCACAUUCCCAUACUUGCUAACCUCCGAAUUUGUGAGUCUUUCCGCGUCUGCCCGGGGGAUCGUCCUUCCCAGGAUCUCUUGGCUGCCACACUAUCAUCUUCGGCGAAGAGUGCUCGUCGAAGGUACCAAAAAGCUGUCCUGGAAAGAUUGUGGUUUGCGGUGGAAUUGAGUGAGGAUGAUGGCCCAUACUCAGACACUUGCUUGGCGGUUUGGAGUAUGAAGACACUGGAAAUGAUUAAGGCCUCUUUAUAUGCCAUUCUCAAACUCGGCCCUGCAUUGCCUCUUGGCUCAUAA